CUGCCUGGGCGGAGUCGGCGCGGGAUCCGGGUGGCUGCGGGCAGCCGCGGUGGCAGCGGCGGCGGCUGCGGGGUCGGCGUGACGCGUGGGGCCAGGCCGCAGCGAGUUCGGAGGAGGAACGCCCGCGGGCAGCGCCCCCCCGACGCGAGGUGACCCCUUCCGAGGGACCGCACCCCGCCCCGCACCUCCGCGUCCCAGCAGGGCUCCAGCCCUCCCCCCGCCGCAGGAGGCUCUCUGCCAAGAUGGCAUCAGCCGGAGACCCCCCCGCAGGCCCGCGGGAUGCAGCCGACCAGAACUUCGACUACAUGUUCAAGCUGCUGCUCAUUGGCAACAGCAGUGUGGGCAAGACGUCCUUCCUGUUCCGCUACGCGGACGACUCCUUCACACCGGCCUUUGUCAGCACAGUGGGCAUCGACUUCAAGGUCAAGACGGUCUACCGCCAUGACAAGAGGAUCAAGCUGCAGAUCUGGGACACGGCGGGCCAGGAGCGCUACCGCACAAUCACCACAGCCUACUACCGCGGAGCCAUGGGCUUCCUGCUCAUGUAUGACGUUGCCAACCAGGAGUCCUUCACUGCCGUGCAGGACUGGGCCACACAGAUCAAGACCUACUCUUGGGACAACGCGCAGGUGAUCCUUGUGGGGAACAAGUGUGACCUGGAAGAUGAGCGGGUCGUGCCUACUGAGGAUGGCCGGAGGCUCGCCGAUGACCUUGGUUUUGAGUUCUUUGAGGCCAGCGCCAAGGAGAACAUCAACGUGAAGCAGGUCUUUGAGCGCCUGGUGGAUGUCAUCUGUGAGAAGAUGAAUGAGUCCCUCGAACCCAGCUCCAGCCCAGGGAGCAAUGGGAAAGGCCCGACCUUGGGGGAUGCCCCAGCCCCUGAGCCCAGCAGCUGCAGCUGCUAGAGAUGGUCCCCAACCCCUGCCCACCCCUUCCGGCCUUGGCAGGGACUGUGACUGAGGCAUGAGCCACAAGGGCUGUUUCCAAGCUCAGGGCACCCCCUUCCCUCCCGUCAGCUGCCCCGGCCCCCGCAUGACCUCCAACUUGCCCGAGCAGCCUUAUCACAAGCUCCACACCUGGGGAUUCUGCAUUGCGGGCAGAGUCUAGGGGCGUUGACAUGCACGAGCUUGCUGCUUUUCAGGAAUUCUAACGGAGGGAGCAUGGGCAGCGUGUCCCACCCCGUCUGGUGGAGGGGCCUCCACAGUGCCUUCCGGGUUAGAACUCCCGUCCUCGUCCAUUCUGUGUGGGGCCUUGCCUGGCGUUCACGAGCUGCUCGAAGAUGCUUGUCUUCUUCCCCCUGCAGUAUGGGUCCUCAGAGUUCUUCCCUGGGGAUGUGGAAGGCGACUCCUUUCUCAGGACCCCCUAGGGUGAUCCCAUGCCUGCUCAGGGACCUCCUCAGACCUCAAGCUUCCAAGGCAGGGAGGUGAUUUUAGCCCUUGCAGACCCUUCCCGUCUGGCCUGCGGAUCCUCUGCCUGUGAGAGCAGUAUUAAAGCAGCUUUUCCCAUUGUAAGGGGACAGGAAGUCAGAGCCCCCUCCCCCAGCUUCAGGGACCCCAGAAGUGCCUUCUGAGCUUCCCCAGGACUCCACAUCACCCACACCCCUGCCACUGUUUUGGCUUAUCCACUGCAGCAUCUCUGAUCCCUGGAUUGAAUUCUGGAACUAUGGGCCUCAUCAGGCUGGGCAGAGAAUGGCCCAACACCUGGUGGUCCAGCUCGGGACUUUUUGCCAGGCGUUAACCUCAGAGCCAGGAGCCCGGGCCCUCCCGCCCUUACCUUGCCUCUCCCAGGCCCCAUUUGGCUGGUGAUGUUUUAAGCAAGGUCUUUCCACAUCUUACAUCCUGCUAGAAAAGGAAAUUGAGCAACGUUCCUAUCGCCUGCUCUUGCUGGCGACUUGCAGAUAGAAGGACUUGGGCUCCUCCCACUCAAGGACCCUUGAAGACCCAGAGUCCCUUUUCCUGAGCCACGUCAUCGGUGGGGCCCAGAGAUGUGAUGUUUCCUUCUAAUGGAGAAGUGACUCUAAGGGAGGCUCUAGGGUUGGGCUGAAGGGGCAAGAAGGCAGGAUUCGGUCAUUCCUGUUGCUACACGCACUUCACGGACACGGCUUGGGAUCAGCAGGCUGAUGGGAUGGGCUGGGAAUCAGUUGCAGUUGCUUUGUGUGCCACUCCCAGCCCCUGCCACCAAAAUGACCUGCGAUAGGUCGCAGCCUCCUGCAGUGAGGAAGAUCUGGUUCAAGUUGCACUUCGCUCUUACCUUUAUAGAAGCUCUACUUUGAAUUUAUUGCUAGAAGGCCCCAUUCACUUCAAAGUGAGGGUAUCUCUGUAAGCCAGCAAGUCAGAUGACUGGUGAAAUGGACACGUUUCUGGAAAUACAUACAGUGCAUUUGGGGAACGUUUGGGGCAGGAGUCAAAAAUGUUAGUUGCUUUAACAUAAAAGAGAGAUUAAAGCAGCUAUUUCAAAACAAAACAAGCCUGUGAAGAUACACCGUGGGCUGUCAAGAUUCUGUGGGCCGGUCCAUUUUUAUUAAGUUCCUUGCCAGGAAAAAAAAAAUGGUGGAACAAAGUGCCAUUGUCUAAGGGACAGCCAACUUGUCAUAGCCCACAUGAUAAAAAACAGCUUUGGCUGUGUCUUGUACCUGACGUGAAGUAAGCCUUGUGUUUACACGUGAUUUUUGAACAGUUGAGCUUUAAGUAGCAACUGAAACAGCUAGCUGCCUCUGGGUUCUCUCAAAAUUGGGAAUAAUGUAGGAGAGGGUUUUUUUUUGUUUCUUCUAAAAAUAAUGCAAGUUUUUAUUUUACAAUUUUUGGUGGGAGGCUUCACUCACAGUGGUCUCUGGGGAACCAAAACCAAUGUCCUGGGAGAUCACGUGGGGGGGAGGGGGGAAGGGACGGUGGCCAGUCAGAGGGAUGGAGAUUUGUCGAGUUUACAAACAAAAGUGAAGCCAAAGGCUGCAGGAAAGCCGCUUCUCAACUCCAGGGAGACUGGGGUCCCGAAAGGGAACCUGAGGCUGGGUCCUACAUUCUCACCAUUUGCUUUUAGCAGCUCAUCUUUCCACUGCCAUGACCAUGUUUGGGGGUUCUGCUUUUUCCUUUUCUUUCUUUUUUGGCCUCCCCAGGGGUCAUGUUCUCAUGUCUUUCUCUUCUACUCCACUCCAAAAGACAAAUAAGGGGUGAAACUUGGUCUCGGUGUUGAAGCUCUAAUUCCAAGAACUGGCUUUUCCCCUGUGAUCCCAAAACACUACGGAGUGAGCUCUCGACUCGGUCAUUUAUGUACUGGAUGUGGUUCUCCUGUGAAGCGAGUCUUUGAUGUCCACUCGGAAAGACGAGCACUUUUAUCCACAAGAGAAAAUAAAGCUGUAAUGCCCCAA